AGCAACCACUCUGAGACGGCGGGCGGGCGGAGAUGGCAGGGUACAGAGUGGAAGAUGACUAUGAUUACCUCUUCAAAGUUGUUAUUAUAGGCGACUCCGGAGUAGGAAAAUCCAAUCUCCUAUCCAGAUUCACCAAAAACGAAUUCAAUCUCGAGUCUAAAUCCACCAUUGGGGUCGAGUUCGCCACUCGGACAUUAACAGUCGAGGGUAAGGUCAUCAAAGCUCAGAUUUGGGACACGGCUGGUCAAGAGAGGUACCGUGCCAUCACCAGUGCAUACUACCGUGGAGCCGUUGGCGCACUCCUAGUAUACGAUGUAACCCGCCGUGCGACGUUUGAGAACAUAGACCGGUGGUUAAAGGAGCUCAAGAACCACACAGACCCAAACAUUGUGGUGAUGCUCGUUGGCAACAAAUCUGAUCUGCGCCAUUUACUAGCCGUUCCGACGGAAGAUGGCAAAUCCUAUGCUGAGCAGGAAUCGCUUUGCUUCAUGGAAACAUCUGCCCUUGAAGCCACCAACGUCGAGGACGCCUUUGCAGAGGUGUUAACACAGAUUUACCGCAUCACAAGCAAGAAGCAAGUCGAAGCUGGUGAAGACGGGAAUGGAUCUGUCCCCAAAGGUGAGAAAAUCGAAGUUAAAAACGAUGUUUCUGCUCUGAAGAAACUAGGCUGCUGCUCAAAUUGAAAAAAAAGCUUAUCUUUUAAAAAUUUGUUGAGAAAGAGUUAUAACCCCAUGGUCCAUUGUUUUAUUCUGUUCUUGUUUUGUAACAAUAUGAACAUCUAUAUGAGUUUUAGACUAUACAUGAUAUAAUGUUUCUUUAACUUUAUUUCAAAAGUAUUGUAGGUCAACCA